UUAAAUUUUGAAAUUUUUCCACUUUUAGAGAUGCCAUAAUAUUAAUAAAUUAUUUAAAGAGUUCCCAAGUGUUUUGUUGACAAAUAAAAAAUGUAAAAAAGUUUUCUUCCAUUAUAAAUAAAUAAAAAAAUACACAUUUCCACUUAAUUUCCUCAAAUAUUGACACAAACAAAAUAAUAACCUAUCACAUUACAAAUUUAUAAUACAAUAAAAUAAACACGAUAAUGAUGUUAAUAACAACAUUUAUAAUGAUAAUGAGGAUUUUUAUAUAAAAAUACCAAAAUAAACAUGAAGAAAAAAUAACCACAAACAACCAACCCCUUUCUUUAAACAGUAAAAAAAACAGGAGACAGGGUUUUAUUUUUAGUUGUACAUAUUAACUACCUAAACAAAGUAAUACAACAAAAGAAACAACAUCAUCAUUAAGUUAACGAAAAAAGUGUGGCAAGUGUUGUUGGUUUCUUGUAAAAGUGAUUAAUUCAUAGUGUAAAUAAACUGUUUGUUGUUAUGUGUUCCACUUCAAUAAAAAUAAAAGAAAAGAAAAUGUUUCGUGUUUAAAACAAUUUGAAAUGAACAGCUUGUAAACCUGUAAGCAGGCAAUUAAAUAAUUUACACCUUUAAUUAAAUAGAAUAUGUUACAAAUUAAUUGUUAAGAACGAAAAAGACAUAACACAACAAUAAGAAAACGUUAAAACACAUUCAACAUGUCUAUGCGUAGUAAUAAAUUAAAUAUACCCACAAAUUUUGUACAACAACAAGCCCAGCUAAUGCAGCAACAACAACAGCAGCACCAGCAGCAACAACAACAACAGCAAAAGCAACAUCAACAGCAGCAGCAACAACCGCAACCGGAACAUAUGCAACAACAACAAUAUAUACCACCACCACAAUAUCAACAACAACAGCAGCAAUUAUUGGCUCAACUACAGCAGCAACAUAAAUUUCAACAACAACAUCAUCAACUAUCCCAGUCAACACCAGUUACCACACAACAACAACAGCAGCAACAACAGCAAAAUAGUCAUUUAAUAAAUAAUAGUCGUAAUAAUUUAGCCUCUCUGGUGGCUGCCAUCAAUGCCAAUGAUCAUCACACUUACGGCAGUGCUGGUGGUGGUGGAGCAGCAGUUAAAUCCUCUUCUCCCACCCCUUUAAAUCCACCACCUUCCUAUUCAGCUGCCAUUGCCCAAAAUCCUCCAUAUCAAUUUUUAAAUCAUUAUCAAGCUGCCAGCAGUGCCAAUAGUCAGGAUUUAAAUCAUCCUAAUAACAAUUCAUUGGUUUUAGCCACUUCUCUAACCGAAUGUGAAGAGCCCGAGGAUGACCAACAUGCUUUACAACUGCAGCAGCAACAUCAACAACAACAGCAGCAACAAUUGUGUGUUGUGGCUAAAAUGCAAAAAUCUGUUACAAUAACCGUUACACCUCAGCGCAGUAAUUCAAUGGAUUAUCUGAAUUUCGAGGAGAAACGACAAUUGAUUGCCUCCUCGUUGUCGUUGUCGGAUAUAUUACAAUGUAAUCCAACGAAUAAUGUUCAAGCUGGGAAAGAUACUUUGACUGGUGAGUUUUUUUUUUGUUUGAGCGGGUUAUCAGUAAAUCAGUUAAUUAAACAGUUUUGA